UAUUAAGAAUAUUGUGUUAUUAGAAAAAAAUAUUUGAUUUACCAAUUAUUAUACUAAAGGCUUUAAUAGAUUUUUGAUAUUUUUAAUCAUUGGGAUGAGAGCAGAAUUUGUUCAUUGAAUCUGUCAGUCGGCAGUUAUUUUUAAAUUGAAAAUGUAAAUGUUUACAUAAAUUAGAUUUGUUGGAGCUGUUUUAUUUUGUUAAAUAUUUAAUACCAAUACUUACCCCACGAUCAUGAAUAUCAGCAAUCGCAUUGUAGUUACCCCGUUGGGAGCUGGUCAGGAUGUUGGACGUAGCUGCAUCAUAAUAACAAUUGGUAAUCGAAAUAUUAUGCUUGAUUGUGGAAUGCAUAUGGGCUAUCAAGAUGAACGGAAAUUUCCUGAUUUUUCAUAUAUUACAUCUGACGGUAAUAUUACAGACAUAAUUGACUGUGUAAUAAUUUCACAUUUUCAUUUGGAUCAUUGUGGUGCAUUGUCCUAUUUAACCGAACACCUUGGUUAUCAUGGUCCUAUAUAUAUGACACAUCCAACAAAAGCAAUUGCUCCAAUUCUAUUAGAAGAUAUGCGUAAACAUUUAGUUGAAUAUGAAGAAGAAGCGAAAUAUUUUACAUCAAGUGCAAUUAGAGAUUGUAUGAAGAAAGUAACUGCAGUGAAUCUACAUGAAGUUGUGACUGUUAAAGAUGACAUAGAACUAAAAGCAUAUUAUGCAGGCCAUGUAUUGGGAGCUGCCAUGUUUUACAUUAAAGUUGGAAAUGACUCUGUGGUAUACACUGGAGACUUUUCCAUGACCCCUGACCGCCAUUUGGGAGCUGCUUGGAUUGACAAAUGUCGACCAACAUUACUUAUAACAGAAUCAACAUAUGCCACAACAAUUAGGGAUUCAAAGCGAUGUAGGGAGCGAGACUUUUUGAAAAAUGUGCAUGAAUGUAUAGAUCGUGGUGGCAAAGUGUUGAUACCAAUUUUUGCAUUGGGAAGAGCUCAAGAGUUGUGUAUUCUUAUUGACACUUACUGGGAUCGUAUGGGUCUUAAAGUUCCCGUUUAUUUUGCAGCCGGUUUAACUGAGAAAGCUAAUAGUUAUUACAAGAUGUUUAUAACUUGGACAAAUCAAAAAGUCAGGCAAACAUUUGUUCAACGGAACAUGUUUGAUUUUAAACACAUUAAACCAUUUGAUAAAACAUAUAUGCAUAAUCCCGGUCCUAUGGUGGUGUUUGCCACGCCUGGUAUGUUACAUGCUGGCUUAUCGUUGAAUAUAUUUAAAAAGUGGGCUCCAGAUGAGAAAAACAUGUUGAUUGUACCAGGUUACUGUGUAUCUGGAACUGUUGGAAAUAAAGUCUUGAGUGGUUCUAAAAAAAUUGAAGCUGAACCAAACAAAUUCAUUGACGUUAAAAUGUCUGUAGAAUAUUUAUCAUUUUCAGCUCAUGCUGAUGGUAAGGGUAUCAUACAAUUAAUAAAAAAUUGUGAGCCUCAAAAUGUGUUAUUGGUUCACGGCGAAGAAGAAAAAAUGAAAUUUCUCAGAGCUAAAAUAAUGCAAGAAUUUAACAUCAAUUGUUAUAUGCCUGCUAAUGGAGAAACUGUUGAAAUUGAAACAGCAAACAUACAUACAUUCAAUAUGAGUACAAAACUAGUUAAAGAAAUAUUAGAUGAUCAGUCAAACAAUUUGGGAAAUGGGAAGCGCUUGGUCCACGGAGCAUUCCUUUUAAAAAAUGGUUCCGCUAAUUUAAAUGCCAUGAGUGUGAAAGAUACUUUCAAAGAAUUGGAUAUUCAACGACACACCUUAAGAUUUACUUGUACGGUGGAAAUUAAAGAAUCUUCUACGAUCCAAAAAACUAAAACUAAAUUAUAUGAUAUGCUAGAAAAUAAUUUACCAAUUUUUAAAAACAAACUUACCAUGUCCGAUGGAUCAAUAUCUUUAGCAUCAAUUUUAGUGACUGUAGAAGAUGGUAUGGAUAGUAAUAAAAAGAAAAUUGUAAUUUCAUGGGCUAAUGAAGAUGAGCCACUGGGUAAUCAUGUGCUUGAAAUGUUACAAAAUAUGAGCAAGUCUGAUUAAUAUAAAUGUUUGUAUUUCUUUUUGAAUAUCACAAUUCAAAUAAAGAUGAUUGAAAAUAAUUUGUAAA